AUGCCAGUCUCCGUGCGCAUGCGAACCCGUGAAGAGUAUGACGACUACCGGUCACCGUCACCGUCUCCCGUGAUGCCUCAGUACCGCCACGUGAUGGCACCCCGGCCGCGGCGAGCACUGGCUGCGCCGUCGCCACCUCCAUCGCGCGAUGGCGACUGGGAGAGGCACGAGCGGUUCACCAUCGAGGACGACUACCGGCCAAGGCUUCGUCGGUACUACUAA